UGUAGUAAAGUAUAGAUCAUCUAGCGGUCAAUAUUGCAUGUACUACACUACGAGUACAAGCCUUGGUUUUAAUAAUUACGCUAAUUAAUUAUACACGUCCGGUUGUAAUGUGGAUUCCAAUGCAAAUACUUCCUCAGCUAUGGACAGAAGUUGGAUGAGCUUUGUUUGUACUGCAAUUCUGUUUAUAGGUGUGUGCGGCGGCGCCGAAUACAGAUACGCCAGUUUUCGACAAAAUGCAAGAACGGUAUUGUCAUACAGUCCUAAUGUUCGCCACUCUCGAGUACGACCAACAUGCCAGGAAAUUCCAGUGCUGAAACUUACUGGGAAUACCCUUAUCGCCAAUUACAAAAAGAUCACUGGCAAGUGGUACGGGUACUUGACCUAUUCGCCGGAUGUGGAGCGAACCACUAUGCCCGCUAACUUCGUUACCUGUCUGCAAGAUAUAAAUAAAGCGGCCAACCCAUACGAGCCAUUUGUUUUCCAACAAACGCUCUACGGAUAUUUCCAACCAUCGAAAUUCUUUACGUCUGCCAAGCUGAUCACUGCAUUACCGGAUUCCAACACAUAUCAGAUCAGCAAUCCACGAUGCCGAUACCCACCGGAAAAUUCACAUGAAUGCCUCAGUAAUGCCAUGAUCGUGGACACGGAUUAUCAUUCCUACCUUUUGAUAUACGAGUGUCAGCUCGCUGACAUCCAGGUGAAUAGCUGCUUGUAUCCCACCUAUAUUCUGUACACUCGCGAGCGCUCCAGUCAGUUUUCCAAAGAAAAAAUUACUUGGUUGGGAGAGAUCAUUAACCGCAAUAUCCCCAGUGCCUGCGCGGAUGCACGAGAUUUCAUGGCGUAUGAAUGGAAGGACAACGCACCGGAAUGCCAAAAUCCUGUCACCUGCUUUAACGGUUGCCCGUAACGGGUGUCGAUAUAAGGCCCUGAUCCCGACUCGAGAGUGACUGUAGCAUAUUUCUCACGCAGUACUCUCUCAUUUCUCCAACAUGUUGUCAUCCAUUGCAGCCACCUUUCUUGUUAUAUUCUAUAUUUUUAUCUAACUACCAUCCUUAAUUUCGACGGGUGACUUCAUACAAUCUAUGCAUGUUGGUAGGCUUUAAAUUAUCGCACGUGAUGUUUGUUUAUAAUUAUGUUGUUGACUUCUGUUUUCAUUAAUACGACCGUAUUUAAGCGUAAUUUGCAAAUGAUAUACAUAUUUUUGCUUUGCAUACAGCAGAAUUUUAGUUUUGAUGUUUUAUCUACUACAACAUUUUAGAAUUUUAUCUGUUUCUCGCACCCAAAUAAUUCUUAUAAAAACUGA